AUGUGGCAAGGUUCGGUAUUUCUAGUUAUCCAGUCAGACGCAUUUCCACUCCUGGAAGUGAAGGAUCUUCUUGAAUCUUCUGGGGCCAAAGUUAUCGUCAAAUACGACUACGAAAACAGCACCAACUUCCUAGAGCAUAUUGACAAAGAUGGUGUCUCCUCGUCCAGCAACAAAUCUGGUCUAAUCACCCAUAUUAUCACCGACAGCGUCGAGUUCAUCGAAUACGACUUGGCCAGAAGUGCCAUGAUCCCCAUAACGACACCAAAAUGGGUGUACGAGUCUAUCGCUGCCAAACGAACCCUCAAUCCCAAACUCUACAACCCAGACCCAAAGCUCUUUUUGAAGGACUGCUUUGUAUGCGUGGCAGACAAUUUGCCAGAGGGAGACAAGGAGGUGAUCUACGGAGCCGUCAGUGCCUUUGGUGGGAGCUAUUUGGACGCGUUGACCCGCUACACCACCCAUUUGAUUGCGUUGGACCUCACCAAUGAGAAGAGUAUCAUCGCCUACAGUGCUGUGAACGGGCCCCAAGAGGAGCUGCUAGACAUCAAGAUCGUGAUGCCCCACUGGGUGGACCACUGCUUGACCAUGGGCAACAAGUUGGAUGAAACUCCAUAUCUUUUGACAUCCAAGGAAAAACAGAAGUGGGAGUAUUCGACCCCUGAUUUGAAUCUUUUGAUUAGCCACGAAGACUUGCCCGUUGGAACCCAGUUCAGCUCUAAAUUCUUCCAGGAGAAAUCUUUUUAUAUUGCCCCAGACUAUAACUUGUCAGAAAGAUUGACUGGUUCGAUCAAGACAUUGAUCGAAAACCAUGGGGGGAAAGUAUCCCCAAGAUUUGAUAUCGAGACCGUUGAUGUGUAUAUAGGAAAAUACCGGUCAGGAAAUGCUUAUCACCAUAGCUGUCGAUCCAAACGAAUCAUUGUGGGUAACAUCAACUGGUUGUAUGGCAUUAUUGUGACCGAAAAAUGGGUGUUGCCCAAGAACUCAAACUUGCUUCAUUACCCACUUCCACUUCAGCUGUUGCCAGCCUUCAAAGAUUUGGAUAUUUCCGUCACCAACUAUAGCGGAGAUGCCAGAACCUACCUUUCAAAAUUAAUCACCACCUUGGGGGGUAAUUUCACAAAGACCAUGACUAAAGAGAACCACUACUUAGUGGCAGCUAAGGCAGAAGGUAAAAAAUAUGACACGGCAAAGUUCAAAUGGUUGGAUCUGAACGGGGAACAAAAGGUCAAAAUUGUUAAUCAUUUAUGGCUCGAAGAGUGUUACUCCAAGUGGGAGCUAUUGGACGCUUCAGAUCCGAAGUACCAAUUCCUUGGAAAUGGUAAGGAUGGCGUAGAAGCAUUGCUAGGCAGGACAAAACUAGAUGAAACGGUGGUGAGGAAAUGGGAGGUCGAAGAAGAGAAGUCCGAGGCUGCCGAUAUCGGCGACAGCGAGGAUGAAAACUCCCAAGAAAUGGGAAAGAAGGAAGAGCUUGUGGAACCGGCUAGCGCCCCAGAGGCAGUAAAGGUCAACACCGAAAAUCCCAAAAGCCAAGAGUCUAUUGAUGAUAUUGUGGAUAAAUCGGAUAACAAUGGUUUAAAGAAAACCCCACAACAGGAAAGUACGAAGACACCAGAUUUAAAUGCUAUUGAUGACAAUGGUAUAAAACCAAGAGAGGGUAGAUCAGCUGCCAAAAAAGCGGCCAUGAAGCUCCACACUGACAUGUCAGAUUUGAAUCUGUACCAAGAAAUGUCGAAGAGCUCUAGAAAGAUGAAAACUUACAUGCAAGAAUUGGAGGGAACUUUAACACCUUCUAAAAGAACCACUUCGGAAGAACUGGAAAGUAAAUCAUCCAAAAAACCUAAGAAAGCUACUCAAGAACCGGGAAGCAAAACACAGGAACAACCUCUGGUAGUCGCAAUAAUGACAGGUUGUGAGCUGGACUUAACAUUGAGCAAAGCAGAUAUUGCAAAGCUCUUGUCUCUCGGUAUCAGAGUGCUUUCAGAUUUCCUGAACAAGUACCCCAUCAAUACUUUAAUAGCUCCCAAGAUCUUGAGAACCGAGAAGUUUUUGCGAAGUUUGAGUAAAGUGGAGAAAAUCGUACACCCAAACUAUUUAGGAGAGAUUCUCAAGAAAUGUUCUGGAGAUUCUUCUGCCAGCAGAGAACUGAUUUCGAUGGAGUUCAACAUAGAUCAUUAUUCCUUGGAUAAGUUCGUGCCCAUUAAGGAUAUUAACACGGAGCUUGGGCUUCCCAAACAGUCAGAUGGACUUCAAAAACUCCUUCAAUCUGACCUACAUGGCAUUUUAUUCAGGGAAUUGAGUUUGAAUCUCUCAAGCAAUUUGAAUGGUGGCUUUGAUGUCAUUUCAAGAAUCUUGAAGGACCAUGGCUUGAACAAAGCUCAGGCCAUUAAUGGAAACGCGACAGCAGCUGCCUUGGAAAAGUCGUUAAUCCUGUCCAGAGAUGAUGAGGAACAAGUGAUUCUCGUAGCUCACAGUAGCAAGGAUACAAAAUUGAAGAAGAGUUUUCAGAAAUUGAUUAAAGAUAAGAAGGUGCAAGGAGUAAUCAUUGAGUGGGACUGGUGUGUUAAGAGCAUAUUUGCAAUGCAAUUGCAAGCAUACAAGGGCUAUGAGUUGAAGUGA